GAGGCGAGGCGAGGCUGGGCCGGGGACCAUGGUGGGGCCGAGGCUGAAGCGAGGUGAGGCAGGGCUCGGGGCCGCGGUGAGGGCCCAGUCUGAAGCGAAGCGAGGCCGGGCUGGGGACCCGAGGCGAAGCCAGACGGUUUCUCUGGCCAGUGUCUCUCCCUCCAGUCUACACAGCAUGGGGAAUAUCUUUGCGAACCUCUUCAAGGGCCUUUUUGGCAAAAAAGAAAUGCGCAUUCUCAUGGUGGGCCUGGACGCUGCGGGGAAGACCACCAUCCUGUACAAACUGAAGCUGGGUGAGAUCGUGACCACCAUCCCCACCAUAGGUUUCAACGUGGAGACUGUGGAGUAUAAGAACAUCAGCUUCACUGUGUGGGACGUGGGUGGCCAGGACAAGAUCCGGCCUCUGUGGCGCCACUACUUCCAGAAUACACAAGGUCUCAUCUUUGUGGUUGACAGCAAUGACCGAGAGCGUGUGAAUGAGGCUCGAGAGGAGCUUAUGCGGAUGCUGGCGGAGGAUGAGCUCAGGGAUGCUGUCCUGCUGGUGUUCGCAAACAAGCAGGACCUCCCUAAUGCCAUGAACGCAGCUGAGAUCACGGACAAGCUGGGCCUCCACUCUCUGCGCCACAGGAACUGGUACAUUCAGGCUACCUGUGCCACCAGUGGGGACGGGCUCUAUGAGGGACUGGACUGGCUGUCCAAUCAGCUCCGGAACCAGAAGUGAACCGAACUCCUCUCUUCCCCCUCACUCCCUCCUUCGCCCUUGCUUUCCUCUCAUGUGGCAGAUGUGCCCCUGUGGUGUGAGUGCCAGAAGCUGUCUCCAUGGUCGGUCCCAGUGUGCUUCAUCAUGCUGUACAUGUGCAGACGCAGCCUGCAACCGGGUUUUUAUUUAAUGUAAAUAGUUCUUGUUUCCAAUGAGGCAGUUUCUGGUACUCCUAUGCAAUAUUACUCAGCUUUUUUUAUUGUAAAAAAAAAAAAAAGAAUCAACCCACUGUUUAGUACUGAGAAGGGAUUUUGGGCACCCAGGGCGGGGCCUCUAGGAGUUGCUAUGAGAUCACCUCAAUGCUCCUCCUCUGGGCUUUAAAUCUGUGUUGAGAUCCAUUUUGGUGGUUGGUUUUUAACCCAAACUCAGUACAUUUUUUAUAAUAUAAAUACAAGGUAAGGAGACACUUUAACACAGAAAAGGGAGAAAUGUGCCUAGUGUAGGUUCUGCAGUAAUGGCUUGAGUCCAGUCUGCCUGUGGUCUGUCUCCCAUCUGGAGCGUGCAGUGGGCAGAACUAGCCACAGUACAUUCUGCAUGGUCACUUACGGUCCCUGAUUGGCUUUGUCUUGCUGGGUCAUCUGCAUCCCAUAGCAUUUGUGCUUGUACCUGUGCUUACACCACUGCCUAUGGGGGUGGGCUGGGGGCUGCGGCCACCACUCAGGCCCCUUGGAGGGACCCCAGCCUUCCCUUCGGUCAGUGUGGGUCAGCGUAGGUGCUUUGGUGGGACCACUCUGGUCAGAACGGGAGACCCCCAUGGUCCCUACACACACUCACUUGCUCCAGGUUGUCUGGAUCUCACCAGUAGGAAUGCAGACAGGUGACCGGUCAUCUUAGAGCCUAACUCCUCAGAGCCCCCGUCCACAUGUGCUUUCACUCCCUCAGCCUGCAAGGGUCAGAUUGACAUCAAAAACAACAACCUCUACUUUUUUCUUUUGUAUUUUGAUAAACACUGAAGAAAUUAGAGCUGUUAAAAUUUAUCUUGGGGAAAACCUCAGAACUGGUUUAUCUGGUGUCGUGGAACCUCUUACUGCUUUCAAUACACGAUUAGUAAUCAACUGUUUUGUAUACUUGUUUUCAGUUUUCAUUUCGACAAACAAGCACUGUAAUUAUAGCUAUUAGAAUAAAAUCUCUUAACUAUUUCAUGGCUUUCCAGUGCUUGGGUGCCACUGACCAAGGCUGCCUCCUGGGACACAGGCAGGGAUGGCUUAGAGAAUGUGACCAACCCCUGAUUCACCCCAGACCAGUUUCUUGCCAGCACUCCUGAGGGGCUUUGUCAUUGGUCUGUCUCCACUAGCAGUCUAGUCUUGGGCCAAGAAGAUCCCCAUGUGGGGUGUGCCUGAGAGGCCAGGGCCUGGGAUCACCUACGGUGAUUUAGUUCCAUAUCAUUACUUUGGGAGCCUUUGACCCUUCUGGGCACCCUCCACCUGGCCAAUCCAAGGUCCAGGUGUCCUUCCCCCAGGGGCAUCCAGCCCUGUGUGUGGCCCAGCCCUCAGCCCUCUUAUCUAGUCUCACUAACAUGUCGAUAAUCAGGGCCAGGGUUCUGAAGACAGAAUCAUCUUUGCUUUUUAGUUCUUUAAAAAAUCAGAAGCAAAAUUGAAUAUAUUUCAUAAUCCA